AUGUACAGUCAGCUGGAUGUGCGCGUUCGCACAGGACAGGAACAGUCAAUACCGGUGGCAGAGGAGCCAAUUUACCGUCUGCGUUGCCUUCACCGUCUGGUCUGCAUCAGCCGCACCCUCCUCGAGGCCUACACCUCCGUCCCCUGUCUCCCGAAUCCGGCUCUCCAGCAGGCCUUCUCCUCCAUGUCUGCCUGUUUGGUGGACGAUGUCAACGGC